UGAAAUAAAAGAAAAAACAAAAUCCUAAAAUCUCUCCACUCCUCUCAAUUCAAAAAAAGCCCUCUUUCUCUCAAUUUUAAAUUCAAUUCAGAAAAUCGAAAAACUUCCUCAUUUCAUUCAGAUCUCAAAAAAAAUAUUUCCGAGCACACAGAGGAAAAAAAUCUAAACAUGGCGGUGGCACCGACGGCGCGUGAGGAGAACGUGUACAUGGCAAAGCUGACGGAGCAGGCCGAGAGGUAUGAAGAGAUGGUGGAAUUCAUGGAGAAAGUUUCCAACUCCCUCGGCUCUGAAGAACUAACCGUGGAGGAGAGAAACCUUCUCUCCGUCGCGUAUAAGAAUGUGAUCGGAGCGCGUAGGGCAUCGUGGCGCAUCAUUUCAUCGAUCGAGCAAAAGGAAGAGUCUAGAGGAAAUGAAGAACACGUUAACUCUAUCCGCGAGUACAGAUCUAAGAUUGAGAACGAGCUCUCAAAGAUCUGUGAUGGCAUUCUCAAGUUGCUUGAUUCUAAGCUUAUUCCUUCGGCAACAUCUGGUGAUUCUAAGGUUUUUUACCUGAAAAUGAAAGGAGAUUACCACCGCUAUUUGGCUGAGUUCAAGACUGGUGCUGAACGUAAGGAGGCUGCUGAGAGUACUCUCACUGCCUACAAAGCUGCUCAGGAUAUUGCAUCUGCUGAACUUGCCCCAACACAUCCCAUCCGACUUGGACUGGCUCUUAACUUCUCUGUGUUUUAUUAUGAGAUCUUGAACUCUCCCGACCGUGCUUGCAAUCUCGCCAAACAGGCCUUUGAUGAAGCAAUUGCUGAGUUGGACACAUUGGGAGAGGAGUCUUACAAGGAUAGCACUUUGAUCAUGCAACUUCUUCGAGACAAUCUUACUCUCUGGACUUCCGAUAUGCAGGAUGAUGGGGCUGAUGAAAUCAAGGAAGAUCCCAAACCUGAAGAAAAAAAUUGAGUGGAAUUGAAACCCUGUAAUUUGCUUUUCACUUCUCCCGUGUUGUUUUUAUUGGGAGAAGCUGAUUAUCAUAAUUUGUUUGCUAGUAUUAUGGUUUUCCAUUAAGAGGUUCUCUUCUUAUUGGCAACAACAAACAACUUUUAUAUUGAUGUUUCAAAAGUUCCAUCUUUAAUUUAAUGUGGUUCUUAAGGUUAA